AUGGUCGGCACAGCUUGCGGAGUUUUGCCAUUCAACCCUCCGCUUGUUGCUCUGUACGAGGCCUUGUUGUUACCUAAAUACGUGCCACGCCGUAUAAUCGGAGGCCAGGCAACAUACAAGUAUCACCGAGUCGAGUAUCUGUACCAAGACCCCAAGGCUCGGAAACUGUCUUGUAUCUAUUGUAGCAGCCCUAGCAACCAGUGGAUAUCGUCCUCGGCUGCGCUGCCUUGCGACAAGACCAACCAGGUUUACUCACUGGCUGACGGCACAACGACUCCAGGUGGUAGCCUACCGGUAGCUUCCAGUCAUCGCCAGCCUCGCGUCGCACUUGUGUCAAGCAAGUGCUAUUAA